GGGUUCCACCAACUGCCCUGCUCCAGAGGCCCCAGUCUACUCACCCAAUGAGAUUCCAGAAGCGAGGUGUUGCCCACAUCGGACUGAAGGAGAAAGCAGGCCUUCUGCUACAGAUGGGCCAAGACCCCCUGAGGGGCUCUGAUCUGGCUUUCUUCUUUCCUUUUAUUCUGGGAACCCGGACUUAGAAGAGCUGUCAGAUUAGCCCCAGUCUUUCAAUGCUUAAUGACCUCCCUGCAUGCACGCAGAGAAGAAAUCUUGACCUUUUAAAAUCCUUGAUUUCUCUCAGCAAUUUUAAGAAGCCAAAAGCCUGCAUCUGCGUCUGCUUUGCUUUUCACGCUUUUACUGGGCACUUCAAAAGGGGAAAUACUGCAAAUCUCUGAGUCUCAGAUACCAGGGCAAGGCCACCCCUUCAUGGGACUGGGAUUGGGAGAGAUGCCCCACCGGACCUUCCAGGUGGCCGGCACUAGGUCCCACUUUUGCACUCUCCAGACCUUUCGGUUUUCUGCAGACACAAUCUGAUCAGUAAUACCUCUGAAUCCAUGUGACAUGAACCGCGUUCUAACUGGGAUCCACCUCGCAUAUGCAACCUUCUGGGAGCACUUUCAUCUCACAGGCAUCUCUUGAGAUCACACAACUUCAAAGACGUUCUUGCACUUGUUGUUUGUGACACCAGAUUUGCUUAGGGAGUAAAUCAAUUCCCUCAGGAUUAAACAAGAACAAUCUGGUCAAACACAGUGUUCAAGCUGAGGUGGGAAUGCUUGCGGCCUUGCUCUUUAAAUUCCCUUUGGGGCUUCCGCUCUCUCUCCCCCUCCUCUGUCUCUCCCUCCCCUCAGCCUGCAGAGUCUAAAGUGCCAGAAAUCAACUUCUUUACAUUUCCUUUCCAACGCUGUUGAGUGUCCUUCCCCGCCUGGGUCAAAGUCUCUAACUCCUCAGGGCAUCCCCUCCAAGUCACUCCUCAGCCUCGUCAGCUCUGCAGGGACACAAAGAGGCUAAGAAAGAGCAUCUGCUAUUUUGCACUUAAGGAUGCUGUGGUCGCGGCAAGUUGGAGGCAGAGGAAAAAGGGAGAGUUAACAGUUCCUAACCGUGUAAGUCACAAGCUCGGCCCUUUUUGGACCUAGUUCAGAAGACAAGGAGAGGCCUCCCAGAAGAAACUUUAUCUGGCUGGUGAUUGCAUCUGCCGGCGGUUUUGGGGCUGCGUGCGUGUGCGCACACGGCGUGCGGAGCCGCCCCCACGUGGCAGCCCCCACGGGCAGGCCCAGAGCGCGGGCUCCUAUGCUCCCUAGCCGUCAGGGCGCGAAAUCGGUCGCCGGCUCCCUCGGAGGCACCAUGGCGGGGUUUUACGUUUGUCUGAAGACUCCACAUGAUUUUACUAUGGCUGAAUCACUAAGUGAAGUUUCUAGCAGUAUGGAAGUUCUGGAGCCCAGUGAUGAGGGAAAGAAGAAAUCCAAAUUUAAAGCCUUCAAGAGCUUUUUUGGCAAGAAGAAGAAAAAAGAGCCUGAAGAUGCCCAGGGAGAGAGGGAGCUCAAACCGAGCUUCUCCAGCGGUAAUAUUAACAUCUCUUCUCUGAAGCAAGUUCUGGAAAGUCAACACAUCAAGCCUAGGGCCAAGAGCAGCAUGGGGAACAAAUCCCUGUCCUAUGACAGCAUCUUCAUGGUGGAGCCUGAGCUGCAAAGAUCAGCAAGCAAAAUAUGCCCCUUUCUAGAGAUCCAGAGAGGCAGAUCUCUGCAGAGAUCUCUUGUUUUUAGGACUCUGCCAAGAGCUGGAACUGGCAGUAUGCAUGGAGCUGUGUUUGGAGCUGGGCCCCAAUAUGCGUCCAGAAGUGGCGUCUGGGUUGCAGGCUCCAAGAUCACUGAGAUCCCGCCCCUGCACCCACGCCAGCCCAGCAUCAGCCCACCUCUUAUCCGAUCUGACACAAUCUCUAAGGACUUGGAAGAAAUCUCUGUUGAUGAUGAGUCACCUAAAAGCCCACAAAAGAAGGUUUCAUCACACAAGAUCUUGACAUUGAAGAAGGCAAAACCAGAGCAGGAGGAGCCAAGCCUACUGGUUUCUGAAAAAGAGAAGAGCCCAACCAAAUCAAAAGAAGCUGAUCAAAAGAAACCAAAAAAGGACAAUGCAGGUCCUUCAAGCCAGGAACAGAGCAACAAAACUGAGGUUUAUGAACAGAAGACAACAGAUCAGACUGCACACACAGAUGCUGCUGGGAGUCAGGGCUUCCCAUUGCCAGCAGCACACAGGAGACGGCAUGGAGGAAAAGGAUCAAGUACCUCAGCAACGAGUGAGUGUGGAUCCAAAGGAAGAAGCUUUAAACAAUCCAGCCGCGCACUUGGCCUAGGUGAUGGAACUGGGUCCCCACCUGCUGAUAAGACUUCCCAGGAUUACCCUUUCUGGAACCUGCCCUUGGAGAAGCAAGACAUGGAGCAGCCCACACCUCCACAAACAGAAAGCACUACUCCGCAGGAGCCGCUUGCAGGUAAAGAUGAUUUGGGAAGGAGAAAUGCUGGUACAGAUUUCAAAGCCAGAAAAGCAUCAGCAUCAGAGCCCACACAUGAAGACAUGGAAGAGUUCCCAGCUAGUGGCCCCUCCCCAUGCCACGAAGACAGGGCUUCUGGAGCCAAGAAGGCAGAAGCCAGAGCUGCUCUUUUGCCAGUGGUAGAAAGCCCUUUGACAACCCAAGAUGUCAUUUUCUCAGUGGCAGUGGAGGAUCAGGUGUUUAUGGAUUCUUCUCAUAGCCAGUCAGAAGAAGAAGAAGACGCUUCCAGCUUUGAUUUGAAAAGUGUCCAAUUUAAAAUGAAGUCAGCUCAAGAUACCUACAAAGAAAAGUCUCCCAGAAAUGUUCUCCAGGCCUUUCCAGCAAGCACUGCGGCUACAGCAGGUGCUUUGGCAGAGGGAGGCGUUUCUGCAGAGAGGCUGCCUCCCAGAAGCCUUUCCCAGUCCUUGGGGAAGCCAAAAGCUGAAGCAGUCGCCUCAGAUUCGGAGAGUACUUCAGAGGCAGGGAGUGGUUCUGAGCAGCACCUGGCUCCUGGCUACUCUUUCCAGCCCCCGAAGAAGGUCAAAAAUGAACAAGAUGUCUUCCCAGAGUCAAAAAGUUCAGCUGGGGAACUGAGCAGUCCUAAGCAGCAGCGGGUGCCUAGGUAUGCUUCCCGAUCCUUGGGGAAGCCCAGAGCCAAAGCCGUCUGGUCAGAUUCAGAGAGUGCUCUGGAGGUAGGCGGUGGCGCCGAGCAGCAGCAGGCUCCCACACACCCUUUCCAGCCCUUGCGGAAGUCCAAAGGUGGCCAAGGAGUCGUGGCAGGAUCUAGUCUGGUUGUGCAAAGGAGCCGUUCUGAUGAGCAGCUGUCUCCCAGAUGCGCUUCCCAGGCUUUGAGGGAGCCCGAAGAUGAAGCCUCCACAGGAUCAAAUAGUUAUAUUGAAAGAUACAAUAGUGCUGGGGAUAGGAGCAGCUCUGAGGAAGAUCUGCCUCCUACACACCCUUCCCAGGCCUUGGGGAGACCCAAAGACCAAAAAGACGUCUCCUCUGUUUCAAAGACCGGACCUGACGUAUGGGGUGUUUCUGUGGAGCAGAUGCCUCCCAGGAACCCUUCCCAGACCUGGGUGAGACCUCAGUUUGAGCAACAAGCCGGUGCAGGACCUGAGAGCACUGCUGAGGAGUGGGGCAUUUCCAUAGUGCCACUGCCUCCCAGAGUGACCUCUAAGCGCCUGACAAAGCCGAAAGUUGAGUCACCAAUCUCCUCCGGUCCAGAAAUUACUACUUCUAUGGAGCUGCCACCUCCAAGACAUCCUUCUCAGCCCCAAAAGAAACCACUAGGUGAGCAAGAGAUCUCGGCAGGGCCAGAGGGCACAGCUGCUGAGGGGGGCAUUUCUGCAGAGCCGCUGCUGCCCAGAUAUCAUUCUCAGCCCCUGAUGAGACCUCUAGCCCAGCAACAAGUCUCUGCAGGGCCAGAGAGCGCUGUGGCCGAGGGGAGCCUUUCCAGGGAGCCCCUGCCUUUGCAAGUUCUUGUCCAGCCCUUGACUUGCCCUAUAGCCGAACAAAAUGUAUUUUCACAUUUGGAGGGUGUUGCUGCUGAGAAGGCCAUUCUCCUGGAGACAUUGCUCCCUAAAUAUUCUCCCCAGUCCUUGACAGAUCCUCAAGUCCAGGAGCUCUUGCCAGAGGACACUGCUAUGGAGGAGGGCAUGUUUGCCCAGCUGCUGCCUCCCAGAUGCCCAUCCCAGCUCUCGGUGAGACCUAAAUUCUGGCCACAGACCGUCCCUCUGGACUCGGUGAGCGCCGCUGCAGAGUGGAGCAGUCCUGGGGAGCCGAUGUCUCCCAGAUAUACCUCCCAGCAGCCCUGGGUGAGCCCCAUAUUCGAGCAACAAGCCUCUGCACGUCCAGAGAGUGCUGCCAAUGAGUGGGGCAAUGCCAUGGAGCCAGUGUCUCCCUGCGUGACUUCUCAACCCCUGGCGAGACCAAUAGUCAAACAACCAAUCUCUGCAGGUCCAGAGGGUGUCGCCAUUGAAGGGGGUGCUUCUCCUGAACUAUUGCCACCCAAACCUUCCCGAUCCACUGUGAAACAUCGAGUCCACCAAAUGUCAAGUUUUGAGAGUGCUGCUGUUGAGGUGGGCAUUUCUGGGAAGCCACCGCCUCCCAAAUAUCCUGCCCAGGUCGUUAAAAAGGCUAAUGUCCAGGAAAUGUCCUCACCUCUAGAGAGCGCUGCUGCUGAAGAAGGCAUAGCUCAGAAAUUGGUGCUGCCCGGGCAGUCGUUCGUGAAGUUUAUGGCCCAGCAGGUCUUUUCAGAGAGUCCUGCUACUGAGGAGGGGAUUUAUGUAGAUCCUCUAUCUACAAAUCAACCUUCCAAAUCUGUGCUGAGGCCUAAAGCUGAGCACCAAGUUUCCUCAGGCUGGGAGAGUGGCAGUAUUGAGGGGGACCUUUCUCUGAAGCAGGUGCCUACACCCAGCCCUGUAGAGAGCUUGGAGAGGCCCGAAGGCCUGCAAGAAGUAUGCUCACAUUCCGGGAGUGCUCCUGUGACAUGGAGCAGUUCUAAAGAGCCGCUGCCUCCCAGGCACCUUGCCCAGGCAUUGGGGAAGCCUCAGUACCAGCAAGACAUCGCCUCCGUUUCUGAAGAAUGGAAGAGUUCCAAAGAGCAGCUGCCUGGCAGACGCCCUGUGCCAGCCAAGGAUGAGGCUGAGUCUCAGCCACAGACUUUCUCGGCAGGCCCCGGGAGUGCCCCCGUGGAGCUGGGCAGUUCGGAGGAGCACCUGCCUCCCAGACACCCCUUUCAGGCUCUUGCAGACCUUGAGCAUAAGCAACAGGCUUAUUCAAGUUCCACGAGUACUGCCACUGAGGGAACUGUUUUUGAGAGGAGCUCUAGCUGCUGGUCCCUACCAAGAGCCCCAGCUUCUCCAAACAAAAGCAAGAAACACAGCCAGAGCUUCGAAGACCUCGUUAAGACUGUCCCGACUCCUGCUACCAAACCUGUGAAGGUUGCCGUGGCUCCUGCCUGGCAAACACCCACUGCUGGAGCCACUUACUCUAACGAGGAAGUUCUUGAGAGUGGUGAUCAGAGUACCAGCCACUCAAAUUCAUCCACCAAUGGGGCUGAGGUUGAAAACCUUUUUGGAAUCCGACUAAGAAAAACCUGUUCUUCCCAGGAGAGUGAGAAACAGGAUUUUGCCAAGCUUCCUUCCCCUUCCUCGGGCCCAGUCUCCUCUUCCACGGAGAGAGAACAGCACAUCAAAAAAAGGGCUUCCAAGGGGCUCCUGGGCACUGCACAGAACCUCCCUGCAGUAUCUAGCUCUGCAGAGAGGCCACAGAGGAGGCCCAAAUCUGAAAGCGUGGCCAAGAAGCAACCUGCGCACAGGACCCCAGGAAAAGCUCCUGGUCGACAGUCAGAUUUUGCCACCUCAGAGCCAUCUUGGAUGACCACAGUAAAGCAGAGGCAGGGGAGUUCCCAGGCCAACCUUCCUACCAAAGAGCCAAAAACCAAGAGUAGAGAUGGAGCCAAGGCUGAGACUAAGGAGCCUAAACAUGGGAGAGCUGGCCUUGCAAAUGAAAACAAACCAAGAAGGACUUUGACUUCAGAUGUCAAUAGACAGGAGAAGAUGGCACGGAUGAAGCCACUGAAGACUAUCAAAACAGGAUUUGAAGAUGAGAAGAUAGUUCACGUACCUUCUGUGGAAGAGGAAACCAGAAAGUGUUCAACUCUCCCAGCCGUUCUGCAACAGCCAGUGGAGCCAGCAGAGCCAGUCUGGUUCUCCCUGGCCAAGAAGAAAGCCAAAGCAUGGAGCCAUAUUGCAGAAAUCAUGCAAUAAAUAGCUCCUAGGUGGAGUAUCAGCAUUUCAAAUGAUAAUUGCCAAUAGCUGCAUUAAAUGUCAUGUAGGGAUUUAUUUACUAUAACCAUUUUAUUAAGCAUAAGAACUUUUAAAUGGAAAUUAAUUAUUAUUUUAAUGAAACCAAUGCCACGAGUGCCUUUCAGUACAGUCACUGCCAGCAUCUGAAAACCCAGCAUUUGCUCUAUUAAAACUAUGUAAAAUGUUUGCACUGCAGUGGAAUUGAGAAACCUUUAACUUUGGACAAUGUGCUUUAGCAGGGAGAAAGCUAAAACAUUUUGUUGGAGGCACUAAGAGGUAGUCAUUUCCCUUGAUCAAGUAACUUCAUUCUAAUGGAAAUGUCCAGAUGGACAUUAGGUCCAAGGAUUGGCUUUUAGGUUUUACGAGCCUAGUUAAAUGCUUCAGUUCUUUGGUUGCUGCUCAAAACUUUGCAAAGCCCCCUAAGAAGUGAAAGUUCUGGGUCCCCAAGAAAAAUGUUUGCAUAGCCAGUCCUCCAGUCAGCCCUUUGAAACACCUUCUUUGUAUCCCUGAGGGCCCCCAGUGCCUGCAGCUUAUACAGAGCUCUCUUUGCAAGUGCCCGUGUCAACCUAUCGCUGGUCUGGCAGCAGUGAGCACCUUCCUUUGAGGCAAAACAUUGCUUGGGGAUUGUCAUACUCCUCUGAAUGGUGUUUUAUCUUUUGCCUGAUGCCUCGGUGACCCUCUCUAGUUGCUCAGAAGUGUAUUGCAUGUCACACACAUCCUAUAUUUUUAAGCACUUGAGACCCAUUGAAAUUCAAAAUUCUACAGAUGCCAAAGGCUGUGGUUUCAAUCAGGUAGGUGGGGAGCCUUCCACAAAGGACGUCUGGGGACACUAGAGAGAGUUGUCUUACACCCUGGCUUCAGCCUUGGGGUAAAGACCUUCGAGUAGCCCAGUUUCUUGUCUCUUUCCUUCAGCAGCCCCUGUUUCACAAGAUUUUAGCCCAAACCAAGACUGCUAUCUCAAAGCCAUAGAACAACCAGCUUUCUGCUAACUGGAAGCCUGAAGUGACUGAAUCAGCCUUUUCCCUGUCCUCAUUCCUAGAGGCACACACCUCAAUGGUCACUAGGCUGGACAGCCCCGCCUCCCCAGUGAACGUCUCCCCACCAAGUCCUUCCUCUCUAUUCCAUCCCCCAAACACAUUAAACACUGAGAGCCCCCUUUGGAUACCUGGACAGUGCCUAGCUCAUUUUCUUAGGAAACCCAGAAGUGUCUUAGUGUACCUUUCACUGUGUCUGCCUCUGUCACCUUAGGGCUACUUUGCUUAAACAGAAGUGUAGACUUAGGUAUAACUGUGCCUUGAAAUUCUGAGUAGGGUGCUGCCUCAUACCAAAAAAAAAAAAAAAAAAAAAAAAAAAAUUCAGAGAGGCUGUAAGGUGCCAGAGCUAAUUUAAACCCUUGGUGCUUGGUUUUCCUGAUGAUGGUAUAACGUGAUACUGUAUGCUGGAUUUUAAGUUUUCUCUAUAAAAUAUCUACUUUUUUCCUGAUACUGUAUCUCUGCCUUUUUGAUAAUACUAGGUUUUUGAUUGGUUGGGCUUGAUUUCCUUUGCAUUCUUCUAGUGAAGAGUUCAUUUAGGUCGAAGCCUUUUACCCAGGUAAUCCUGGUCAAUUAACUGUUACACCUUCCUUUCUCCUUUUCUUAGAGUAGACCACUGUUAGGUUAUUCUCACUCUAAGUAAGAACUCUCCAUUAACAAUUUCUUUUUCACAGUUAACAAAAAUAUGUUUUAAGAGGUUGAGGUUUUUUAAUGCCUAGAGGCACGUUCUGACAAGUUUUCAGCUUCUUUUAGCACUCUUCGUUUCUGCUAUACACAAAUAAAUUCAACAAAGCCU